AUGAUCCCCUCCUCUACACCUGCAGCCCCCGUCUACACCUGCACCCCCACCUCCCUGGAAACCACGCAAGUGAGAAUGGAGAAGUAUGAGAAGCUUGCCAAAAUCGGUGAGGGCUCCUACGGUGUGGUCUUCAAAUGCAGACACAGAGACACCGGUCAGAUCGUUGCCAUCAAGAAGUUUGUGGAAUCAGAAGACGAUCCGGUCAUUAAAAAGAUUGCAUUGAGAGAAAUACGCAUGCUAAAGCAGUUAAAACACGUGAACCUGGUGAAUCUGCUGGAGGUGUUCAGGAGGAAGCGACGGCUGCAUUUGGUCUUUGAGUUUUGUGAACAGACCGUCCUCAAUGAGCUGGACAAGCACCCCCGUGGAGUCCCUGAAGCCCAGCUCAAGAGUAUAGUAUGGCAAACUCUCCAGGCUGUCAACUUCUGCCACAAACACAAUUGCAUCCACCGCGACGUUAAACCAGAGAACAUUCUCCUGACCAAAACCGGCGUGAUAAAACUGUGUGACUUUGGCUUCGCCAGGAUCCUGACCGGACCGGAGGAUGACUACACAGACUAUGUGGCGACCCGCUGGUAUCGGGCCCCGGAGCUGCUGGUGGGGGACACUCAGUAUGGUCCGGCGGUGGAUGUUUGGGCCCUGGGCUGUGUCUUUGCUGAGCUGCUCAACGGGAAUCCUCUCUGGCCUGGGAAGUCUGACGUCGACCAGCUUUACCUGAUCCAAAAGACGCUAGGUGACCUGAUCCCCCGACACCAGCAGGUGUUCCGGUCCAAUGUUUUCUUCAAUGGAGUCAGCAUUCCGGAACCAGACACUACGGAGCCCCUGGAAAAGCGCUUCAGUGGUGUUUCUGCGAGUGCCCUUCAGGUUAUGAAGUCGUGUCUGGUGAUGGACCCCUCUCUCCGCCGCUCGUGUGAGGAGAUCCUGGAGCUGCCGUACUUCCAGGAGGACGGAGUGAACUGGACCCGGGACACGGAGCGCCCGGGGAGACGCCACGACAAGGGCUCCAGGCGCCGACAGGCCGGAGCGCAGUACCUGCCCCAGUUACCACACAGUAACCUCUCUCCUGCACCUGAUGUAAAGAAACAGGUGAAGCAUAAAUAUCAUCUCCCUAACAUCUAG